AUGGCGGUUAUAAAGAGCUCUGUCCUGCUCAGAGGAGUGUGGUCUGGACCCUGUCCUGCUCAGAGGAGUGUGGUCUGGACCCUGGACGGUUCAAAAGGAGGGACCAGGAGGAGAGCUGACAUCAAAACCACAUUAACUCAGACACGGGUCCAACAUGGAUCCAUCACGUCACCACAGAAGGCAGAGACGGAAGGACAUCAGCGAGUCAGGACCACAUCCACCCUGGACUCCGUCACAUCCACCCUGGGCUCCGUCACACCCACCCUGGCUCCGUCACAUCCACCCUGGGCUCCGUCACAUCCACCCUGGACUCCGUCACACCCUGGGCUCCGUCACAUCCACCCUGGCUCCGUCACACCCUGGGCUCCGUCACAUCCACCCUGGACUCCGUCACAUCCACCCUGGGCUCCGUCACAUCCACCCUGGGCUCCGUCACACCCUGGGCUCCGUCACAUCCACCCUGGGCUCCGUCACAUCCACCCUGGGCUCCGUCACACCCACCCUGGGCUCCGUCACAUCCACCCUGGACUCCGUCACAUCCACCCUGGGCUCCGUCACACCCUGGGCUCCGUCACAUCCACCCUGGACUCCGUCACAUCCACCCUGGGCUCCGUCACACCCACCCUGGGCUCCGUCACAUCCACCCUGGACUCCGUCACAUCCACCCUGGGCUCCGUCACACCCUGGGCUCCGUCACACCCACCCUGGACUCCGUCACAUCCACCCUGGGCUCCGUCACAUCCACCCUGGGCUCCGUCACACCCUGGGCUCCGUCACAUCCACCCUGGGCUCCGUCACAUCCACCCUGGACUCCGUCACAUCCACCCUGGGCUCCGUCACAUCCACCCUGGGCUCCGUCACAUCCACCCUGGGCUCCGUCACACCCACCCUGGCUCCGUCACAUCCACCCUGGGCUCCGUCACAUCCACCCUGGACUCCGUCACAUCCACCCUGGGCUCCGUCACAUCCACCCUGGGCUCCGUCACAUCCACCCUGGACUCCGUCACAUCCACCCUGGGCUCCGUCACAUCCACCCUGGGCUCCGUCACACCCACCCUGGGCUCCGUCACAUCCACCCUGGACUCCGUCACAUCCACCCUGGGCUCCGUCACACCCUGGGCUCCGUCACAUCCACCCUGGACUCCGUCACAUCCACCCUGGGCUCCGUCACAUCCACCCUGGGCUCCGUCACACCCUGGGCUCCGUCACAUCCACCCUGGGCUCCGUCACAUCCACCCUGGACUCCGUCACAUCCACCCUGGGCUCCGUCACAUCCACCCUGGGCUCCGUCACAUCCACCCUGGGCUCCGUCACACCCACCCUGGCUCCGUCACAUCCACCCUGGGCUCCGUCACAUCCACCCUGGGCUCCGUCACACCCACCCUGGGCUCCGUCACACUAGGGCUGGGAUAA